ACGGUGGUUAGUUUGUCAGGCCACCUGGUAUAUCAAAUGGAAAUAUUUUUUGGGGGAUUCUUUAGGAUAUCCCAAUCAAUGCCUUGGAUAGGCAUUGGCCAUUGACUUUUUAUAAGCUUGCACAAAAUCCCUAAUCAUUCCAAAUUAGCUGUCUUUGGUUUCCAAACUUAAAUCCUCGGAAUCAAUUUACUUCUUAAACUUAAAUCGUUUUUUCCUUCAUCACUACUCAAUCUAGUUAAACUACGCCGUGCAUUAUCGAAUUUCCAAAUCCCUAAAUUUCUGAAAGUUAUAGCAAAAAGCUAAGAAUCUUGAAUGCCUCCUAUCAAUAAAAACGCUUGCUUUUUCCCUUCCCUUUCUUGUAUACCUUAACGUUUUCUCCCAAUUAGAUUUAUCUCGAUCUAUUAAACCCUAAUUUAUAUCAAAAAAUCAAUCUCAUCUCGCAGAUGAAACCCUAUUACUUAAAUUUGUUAUUCAUUUUUACAAUUCUUUUUGCUUGUUUUGCCCUGAUUUUUGCCAGAUCUAUAGUUAAGGUUGAUCCCUCAAAGCCUCAGGGUUCCGAUCCUAAUGCAGACACUUUGCAGCCUUUUCCAUCAGGCCCAGUCAGAACCUUGAAAAACGCGAUACUAGGAGAUACAGUUUUCAUAGCGCACCCAGAUGGUUCAUUAUAUAAUGUGGAACCACAUUCUGGGGAUGUUAGGUGGGUGUUCUCAUCAGGAGAACCCCUUUGGUCCUCAUAUCAAGCCUUUCUAAAUUCCUCGCGUCUGGAUGGGAUAGCAAAUUCUCGUUCGAACUACGAAUACAUAGAUAUUGAAGAUGAUGCAACGUAUGUCGUGAAAGGACCAGACGGUAAAGUAAAACUUAAACUCGCAGACACAGCUGAGCAACUUCAGGAAAUAGUCAAAUCCAGACCUAAUAUUCUUGCCCAGCAAAUUAUCCUCGUUAGCACGAGAAUGGAAGUAUAUAUCUUGAAUGCCAAUUCUGGGAGGCGUGUUUCUGUGCAUACUCUAGCUGCCAGCAUGAAAGAGGAGGGUAAUGCAAAUCAUGGGGGCUUGGUCGAACCCAAUGCCGUGGAGAUAGAUGGAGAGAUCUGUGUCAUAAGGAAUACCUAUUGCUUUCAGUCAAUCUCGGGCUCAGGUGAACCUAAAUGGAAUCUUAAUUAUUCUGAAUAUAGAAUUGCCGAACAUUCACAAGGACUUGAUGGUAUUAUUAUUCAAAAUUCGUUGCCUACAAGGGAUGGGCUAGGUUUGGAAUAUAAACACAGUACCUUGGUACCGUUUCUUGUAACAUCUAUGAAGGUUCCUAUUAGUUAUGAUCUUAGUGAAGCAAAAGAACAACAUCCGAAAGCACAGGAGUCUAUGCCUGCGCAACUACUUGGUCCAAACCCUGAUGUGAAAGUUCAUAGUGAAGAUAAGAAUCCUCUUUAUGGUAACUGGUGGUUGACUACUAUCUUAGGAUCUGUUGGCGUUGUAGUUAUUCUCUCGCUUCAUCGACUGUCACCUACGAGGUUUCUGAGACAGGUCAAGUUAACCACGCAGUCGAAUGAUUCAAAAGUUGCAGUUUCAAAAAAGAAGAAAUCUCGAAGACUUGGGAACAGUAAGAACAACACCAACUUCGGAAAGAGUAAGAAUAUUAUCUCUCAGGAGGGAGAAAAUGCUAAUGGACUUAAGCUUGAUAAAAAUGAUAUUGAACUCACAAAUGACGGAUUAAUUGGGCGCAAGAUUGGUAGAUUGUUUGUGUCUAACAUAGAAAUUGCUAGGGGUAGCAACGGUACGGUUGUGCUUGAAGGAAAUUACGAGGGCCGUCCAGUCGCUAUCAAACGUCUUGUUAAGGCUCAUCAUGAUGUUGCUUCCAAAGAGAUUCAGAACCUAAUUGCAUCUGAUCGACAUCAAAAUAUUGUCCGUUGGUAUGGAGUGGAAUAUGAUUCGGAUUUUGUUUAUCUUUCGUUGGAGCGCUGUAUGUGUAACUUGAAUGAUUUGAUUCAAGUAUGCUCUGCUUCUUCCUUAAGUUCAGUGACUAUCAAGGACCAGACUGAGAACCCAACAAAUGAGUACAAUGUUCGGAUAGAUGCGUUGCAAGCCAUCGACAAGGAUAUUGAAUUAUGGAAAGCAAAUGGCUAUCCAUCACCCGAGUUGUUAAAAAUGAUGAGGGAUGUGGUAUCUGGCCUCGCGCAUUUGCAUGAUUUGGGAAUCAUACAUCGGGACCUAAAGCCUCAAAAUGUUUUGAUACUUAAGCAGAGAUCCUUAUGUGCAAAACUUUCAGAUAUGGGUAUAAGCAAGCGCCUUAAUGGUGAUAUGUCUUCCUUGGGUCAUCAUGCAACAGGUUCUGGUAGUUCUGGUUGGCAAGCACCUGAACAACUCCUUCAUGGGCGACAAACACGUGCUGUUGAUUUAUUCAGUUUAGGCUGUGUUCUCUUUUUCUGCAUUACUGGAGGUAAACAUCCAUUUGGUGAUCGGCUUGAACGUGAUAUAAACAUUGUCAGAAACCGUGUGGACCUGUUUAUGGUGGAGCACAUACCAGAAGCUGUCGAUCUUCUCUCUCGUCUAUUAGAUUCUGACCCAGAAGCGAGGACAAAGGCAUUGGAUGUACUGAACCAUCCUUUCUUCUGGAAUUCUGAGACACGCCUUGCAUUCCUUCGAGACACUAGUGAUAGGGUAGAAUUAGAGGAUAGGGAGGUUGAAUCUGACCUCUUGAAUGCACUAGAAGCAGUUGCGCCAGUGGCUUUGGGCGGGAAGUGGGACGAAAAAAUGGAAUCGGACUUCAUCUCCAACAUUGGCCGUUACAGGCGAUAUAAGUAUGAUAGCACCCGUGAUUUAUUGCGGGUCAUACGAAACAAGUUGAAUCAUUUCAGAGAACUUCCGCAAGACAUCCAGGAACUUCUUGGUCCAGUUCCUGAAGGAUUUGAUGGUUAUUUUGCAACUCGAUUUCCCAAGUUCUUAAUGGAAGUUUACAAAGUCAUGUACAGAUACUGCAGGGAAGAGGAAUGCUUUUCGAAGUACUUUAAAAGUAAUCUUGUCUAAAUUGUUGGUCUUUAAAAGUAAUCUUGUCUAAAUUGUUGGUCUCUGUUAUCGCAAACUAAUUUACCUGUAACUUUUUUUCAAUCUUUUUAACUAAAACGAACGCCAGUAUUUUACUGAUUCAUACAGCGUAUAUAUGAUUGUAAUUGUAGUUGUAUUAAUGUUAUAAUAAAGUUAUCUACACUGUAAUUUGACA